AUGUCUUCUUAUUGCUUUUUGUUCUAUUCACCUAGUGAUAAAGGCACUUUUUUGGCUCAAUGGAGUAAGGAAAAGAAUUUGGAUGGCGCAAUGAUAAUGUUUGAGACCAAGAAAACAAUCCCCUCCUACAAGUUUACCUCACACUCCGGCAGAAGUACAAUUAUCACUGAUAUCCACUCCAUUAAAACAAAAUAUUUCCAAGGCAUCUGUCAAUUCAUUAAAAUGGCCAAACAAUUCGACGCCCCAAUCAUCAUUUUGGAAUCAUGUAAUGAACAACCAAUUAAAUUUGACUUGCACAUCCUUAACAAAGACAAUUCUGUUGUUAUGGUGACCAUGGGUACUGAAUUUGCUUUAGAUAAUUCUGUUGCCGCUGCUGUUUUGCCUAAAAAUUGUUCUGAACUUUCGGUUAAGACACUAACUAAGGAUCAGUUCAUUUCAAAGGGCAAUAAUUUAGGGGGAAGUAUAUCAUUUUAA